UUGUAAUUUUAUUCUCGUAUUUAAGUCCGCUUUCAAGUUGGAUUGUGGGCUCAUUUCGAGCUGAAAGGCUCCCUCAGAAGUUUGGCACUGUCUCAGUAUUGUUCUUAAGUACAUACAACAGGGCAUUAGAGACUCCCAAUUCUCUGCCUGUUCAAUGCUGUGGUUGUAUGCCAAGACUUUGCUCUGAUACUUAAGCCAUCUGCUGGUCCUUGAAGAAAUGUUUGAAGAAGCGUCUGAACACUCAAAGCACCCAGUUUGUAUCUGACAUUUAGACGAUGAGCUUCAGUUCCCUGGAGUUUGAGUGCAGCUUUGUAUUAUCCUUCGAGAGUAAAUGAACCAUUCACCAGCAUGUGCCAUCAGACAAACUGGGAUCAAUCAAUGUUACCAUAUGGUGCCAUGUAUCCUGCUUGCAAACUUAUUCUAUGAUGCACUGUUCAAAGUCCCUAUACACAUUAAUUUCAUCACCACAUCAACACCAUCCUACCAAAUACAUUGGCCAAAUGAAUCAGCUGGUAUUUUCCGAAGUGCCAAUUAAUUUUCUUCGGGGCAAUUUUUUGAAUUGUCUGUGAUUCUCUGCUGUAUCCCUUUUUGUUAGCAGACUCUCUGUUGUGUCUCUCUUGUUCAAACAGCCCACGUUCUCGAAGGUCUGCAACUACUAUUUCGAAAUGACUGUCACUCAGCAAGGAAGUAAUGGAGAAAAUUCAGCAAAUUCUAGAGGAUUUGACAGACGAGGAGAUGAAACACUUCAGGUACUUAUUGGGCGAUCAUCGCAUACCAGCUGGCAAACUAGAAAAUGCUAAUGCUUGGAAGGUGGCGGAGCUGCUGAAGAAAUUCUACCACGACAAGAAGAAAGCUUUAAACGUGGUUGUGGAUAUUCUGGGAACCAUUCCCCGAAUGGAUUUGGUGGAAAGGCUCAUAGGGAAAGAGGACCUUGAUGAACUUGAUGGAUUCAGGAAACAAUCAGUGGGCUACUUAUGUCAUCAAGAACGAGCAUUGUCAGGAGCGAGCCCUGAUCAUGACCAAGAUUCAGAGUUAAAGCAGCCAAUCAAUAAGCGAAAUGUAAAAGCAAAUGUCCGUAAAAAUAAAGUCAAAGACUAUGGACGUGAUGGAAAGCUACGAUAUCCUUCAAUAAGCCAAAUGUACUUGGGCUUCACAAUCAGUGUUUUGGGAGCUGCAUCGGCGAUUUUAACGCCCCAUAGCCGAUUUGCACAGGCCCGCAUUCCAUGGUGGUCUGGCGUUCUGUUUUGUGUCAUAGGAAUGAUUCCUUUGUUACCCCUCAGGAUAAGUGAAAAAUUUAAGUUACGUAUUGUACUUGUCUCGAACAUCAUAGGUUUGCUGAUUACUUUAGCGUCAAUUGGAUUAUCAAUCUGGAAUGGAAUUGAACAGACUAGUGACAUUAAGGUGGCGUCUGAUAAGGGCCUGACUGAUGUGGGCUGUGGGAAUAAUCUGGGAGAUUAUUUCCCACAGCCAACGAGGCCUAUCUCAAGUUCUGGAGGAACGAGCUACAUUUUCCACCGAAGCUGGAGACUUGCAUGUCCAGUUAUCAUUGGAUAAUAAUUUUCUUUGCUGCCUUUCAACUGUCCCUCUCUGGUUGGAACAUCGGUCUCACCAGCUUCUGGUUAGAUAAGGAAUUCAAUAA